CCAAACGCUGCACCGUUGAGAUCUUGUCUGUCCAAAUCGCCCGCUAAACCACCCUAGCCAAGUCGACCUCAGCCAGAUCAACAAUGUUUCCUACGUUUGUGCGACGAGCGGCCGAAGCCGCCGGCUCCAAGCUUACAGUCUUUAACAACCCAUACCGGACGAAAAAAGUCUGGCCUCCUAACUUCACGAACCUUUCGCCCCAGUCCCAGCUCCGAUUCGAGAAGAAAUACAAGCGGCGCCUAGCACUGGUGUACGCGAGGCCGCGAUGGAACAAGGCCGUCAAGCUGGCCCAGCUUGCGACAGUCGUUGGUUUCCUUGGCUGGACAUUCUUGUUCUCCGAGCUCGAGUUUUUUGGCAGGCAGUACAGGCCUUCUGAAGAGAUCCGCAAGCGCGUCCUCGGCGUGUUUGGUACCAUCGAUGCCGACAAACGCUACGAGCGACGCAGAGAUGCGCCCGAAGCGCCCACUCCCACCGAGACGCCCAAAUAAACCACCGGCCGACGUAGAAGCAUCAGCAUUGGAAGGAGUUAUUGGCGUUUUGAAUACCCGGCGCAAGAAAGAAAAAGAGCCCCAUGUAUAACCACAAUCACUUGAACAAGAACGAUGAUAUUCCUCUCAGAAAACGUUCCA